GUGGCCGGUUCACAGCUGGGGGAUUUGGGGAAGCCACAAAUGGGGUUUGGGGAAGCUGCCAUAACCGGGCAGGUCCUGGGGUCUCAAUGGUGCCACUGGAGCCUGACAGCAGGACUGGCCGUGCUGGUCCUCUGCCAAACCCCAAAAUCUCCGUCCCCGGUCCAGCCUUUGAUCCCGGACUUCUGCGGUUCCCCUCCUUUGAUCCCUUUUUUCCCCUUUGAUCCCUUUGAUCCCCUUCUCUCUGCGGUUGCGGCUCUGCUUGCAAUGGGUAGCGGAAAAUAAGGAAUUCUGCACAUCAGCUCACGUGCUCGGAUGUGGAUCCAGCAUCCUGCACGGCACCCCCUGCCCAUCCGAUAGGGCCCCAAGGAUUUUUAUUUAUGGAUUAUUUUGGGGAAAGCUGUUGUAGGGGAUAGGCAGCAAGUGGUUUCUCAGUGGCAGAGGGACAAAGGCUCCCUGUGCGGGGCUGAAUGGUUCCUUCGGGAUUUCCUGGAGGUUGCUUAGGAACAAACGGCCGGAGAGGUCCGGAGCUGGGAAUUGUCUCAAAACCAGUGAACUUUGCCUCAAAACCGGAGCGGGUCUGGAGGGAGAAGCGCACGGGCAUGGACAGAAUCAUCAAUCUAGUUGUCGGCAGCUUGACAUCCUUGCUGCUCGUGGUCACUCUCAUCAGUGCUUUUGUCUUCCCGCAACUACCUCCAAAACCCGUGAACGUAUUUUUUGCUUUCUGCAUCUCCCUGUGUUGCAUUUCUGCCGGCAUACUUAUCUACUGGUAUCGACAAGGAGACCUGGAACCUAAAUUCAGGAACCUGAUUUACUAUAUAUUAUUUUCUAUUGUCAUGCUGUGUAUAUGUGCCAACCUGUACUUCCAUGAAGUGGGUAAAUGAUGGACACGGGGAAUGCCCAGCACCGACCAGACUGCUUUCAGCUCAGCUCUCAGCUCUACCUGAGCUGUUGAAGUGAAGACAAUCAGCCUGAGAGGAAAGAAAUGGGUUGUGCAAGGAUCAAUCAGUACAUGAUUUUCAUGUAAAUGUAUAUGUAAUGUCCCUCUUGGCAGGGAGAAUUAUUGCCAUAAGAUGUGACAUUCUGCUUUUUUCUGAAGAGCUACUGUUGCACUUAAUGAACAUUCCAGUUGUACUGAUGUUUCAGAAUGGCACAAGCUUUUUCAUUUUGGAAAAAAAAAUGCAUUUUUUAUUACUGUACAAAUAAACUGCAGCAUUGCAAGGAUCUGUAGCAGUAUAAAUAAAUGGCAUCUUACAGUUA